AUGCAGCCAAAUCAUUAUGACCUUCUCGGUCAGGUGCAGGAUGAGCCCAGGAGCAAUGCCGGCCGACUGACGCGGGAUACAUUGCAGUCACGUACAAACGCACCGAUAAGAUCAGAAGAUUCGUGGAUUGAGGUUUCGUCCCAGCCGUCUUCCUCGUCCUUGUCGUCGGCUGCUACGACUGACGACAUAAUAACCACCGGCCUUCGUGUUCCGCAAAGAAACUCUGCCUAUAAUCAUCCUCGCAGUCGCCGACGACGUCUGCAGCACCUGGCAGCUGUGGCUACUGCACACGUCGAGUAUUCAUCCCACGAACCAAGCAGCAGUCAAGAUGAAUAUGAAGAAAGCGAAAGCGAAAGCGAAAGCGAAUCAGAUCGCGUUAUGACUAGCUCAAACGAAGACGUCGCUCAGCCGUCUUCUGUUUAUCCUCCAGCCGGUUCAGAUAUUAGUCCUUCCAGUGACGAAGAUGAUAACUCAACGGCGCUUGGAAUGGGCAUAAGCUCGUCGCCAUUUGUCCCUCAACCCAACGUUUUCUCGCAACCCCCUACCUCUGAGACCCCCUCCUGGACCAGGGCUACCGAAGUACACCGUUCGCGACCGAUAAGUGAUGUUUCUACAUCGAGCCGCAGGACAGCGAUCCGAAGGAACUCCCGAACCACUCGGCGGCAAUCUGGCCAACAGCAUAGUCCUUAUAAUGUUAUUUCUCCGUCUCAUCACGCCGACCAUGACGCUGCACUCCGAGCUAGCCUUUCCACCUUACUUUCUUGUGCUGCGGCUGCCCGGGGUCUUCCAAAGUCUGAAUCUCAACCUGCACCAACCGGGCCUUCCAGAGUGCAACCAUCUUCCUUUAGAUGCACACGUACCCAGGCAACCUCAGCAACCGGUGUCUCCCCAUCCGCCACCCGAGGCUUCUUCUACUAG